AAUAAUAUUGCAAUACUUACAGAGAGUAUUACUUUAAAUGUAUUUAAAUGUAUUUAAAUGUAUUUAAUGUCAAUAACUGAUCAAAUGUUUGUUAUUGUCAUCAAUGAUGACAUCGAUGGCCAACCAUUGUCUACCACUUCUUGCCGUUGCAUUGAUUGCUAAUUAUUUGAUAUAUGAUUUGUUUGACAAAAAUAUUGUCGGAAGUUAUGGAUUGACGGCUAAUCUUAUAGUCAAUUAUGUAGUAUUUAAUGUAAUAUUACAUGAAAUUAAUAAUCUGUUGAUAAGUCUAUCGGUGACAUCACUAAGCUUUGCAUACCUAAGCGCUUAUAUGUUUUCAAUUGACGAUAUCAUAUUAUUAACUUUUUUGGCGUUUAUUUCAAAUUAUUGCUAUUAUAUAACUAUAUAUAAAAUACCAACAUAUCUGAGAUCAAGUUUUUCAACGGGCGAACUGUUGAUUGUAGGCCAGGCAUCGGUUGCAUACCUGUCCACUUCGGGUGCUUGUCUUAUCACAAAAUUAUUAAAGCCAUCAAAAUGUCAUUUAUUUUGUUCACCAAAUACUUCAAAUCUAAUAUUACAAACACUUUUUGUUGGCAUUUCUUUCAUCGUUUUAAUACAAAUGACUAUAACUUAUAAAUUAAGAGAAAAAUAUAAAUGGUUACCAUUGAUGACCAUUGGUUUACUUAUCUAUAUUACAUAUCAAGUUAAUAUCAUAACAAUUUGGAUGGUUAUUACAUGUUUGACACUAUUAUUUGUAACAAUUUAUUCAUUAAAAGUGUCAUCAAAAGCAUCGCCAAUAACUCGAAAAUUUUUUCAUAUAAUAAUAUCAAUAAUUUAUUUAAUUGGUGCCAAAAAUGAUUUAAUAUUUUUGUGUUUUUCAUCGGCCGCUAUACUUGCGAUAUUCAUUAUGACUGAAGUGAUCCGUGUGUCAAAAGUUGAGCCCUUAUGGCGACCAAUAGAGUCGGUGUUAGACAAGUUUAGAGACGACAAAGACCGGGGAGUGUUGACUCUAACGCACAUAUAUUUACUCAUUGGUUCUUCAAUUCCUCUUUGGCUAAACCUUACAAAUGAUGUGACUAUUGCAUCUCUUUCUGGUAUAAUAAGUGUUGGGUUGGGAGACACUGGAGCUGCUGUCGGCGGUUCACUCUUUGGUAGACAUCGAUGGACUCGUCAGUCAUCGAAAACAUAUGAGGGAACUGUUUGUGGUUUUAUUACACAAUUGGUUAGCUCUCUAUUUAUUAUUCAAUAUAUAUCACCAAAUGUUUUAAUAGAUAUCUUAUUAUUUUAUAAAUUAAUAUUUAUAUCUAUUAUAUCAUCUUUGAUAGAAACUAAAGUAACUGAAAUUGAUAAUUUAGUUUUG